CCCACUCUCCUCCUACUUUACUUUCUCUCUCCUCAUCACUCUUGUCUCUCUCUCUCAACGCCUUUUUGAACUUUUUAACCUUACUUUCUCUUUCACGAGCAUUCCCUGUAAAAAGCUAGGGUUUCCUCACAGAAAAGGUCAAGACCCUAGACAUUCCCCUUGAGAGAGAGAAUCACCAUUAAAGAUCCUCUCUCUCUCUCUCUCUCUCUCUCCCUCUUUUCUCUCUCUCCCUUUGGACCAUGAAUUCCUAACUCCCAACCCCCUGUCGGUGAUUUCUUAUUACAUACAAAACCUAUGUAUGUGUCUCUAUCUGCUAACCUUCUUGUUCGUUUCCGUUCAGUUGUGUUUCGAGGUCGAACAUGUGAUGUGAAUCAGGUCUCAACAGCUAAAGGUGAAAAUUUGCUGUUGGUAUCCUGAGGGGGAAAAUAAAGUGGACUUAUUUAUUACUUUCGGGAGACGUACAUGUGAAGCAAUUUACUGUUUUCGUGAUCUCUAACUGUUUGAGUCAACUACUUUUACUGCUGUAGUUAAGAUGGAAGCUUGUUGUUCUUUCCAUUUUCUUACUCGGAGAUUGUAGUAGUAAUUUAUGUGGGCAUCGCUUCGAUUCAGUGAAUAUUUAUUACCCCCUUUUGGUGAAUUGGAGUGUGCAUCUAUGACUAUGGGAACUUGUGAGGCUUUAACAUCACAACUGUGGAGAUAUGAGCUAUUAGUAUGUGACAAUAUCGAUGGGUAUCGAUAGCAGAUUCUACAUUUUUCUUUUUCUUUCUUUCCAUUAGAUAGGUUUUGGGAUUUGAACUUUUAUGGUUGCUAUGGAGGAUAUUGGGUUGUUCAAUCAAGGUUGGAAGUGGUUGCAGUCCAAGAGGCAUUGUUAUCCAGUUGUGCGAACUGCGGUGAUCUGUUUCAGGGACAAAAUCGGGAUGUUUAUGGAGCGUAAUUGGCCGCUGGUUUGCAGUGGAUGUGCAAGACUUGGGAGGUUCUUGCUGUUGUUGCUGGUUUAUUGGAAGGACUGUGUUGUCCGUGGGGUUCGGUCGUUUGUAAAGCUGGGAUCUGUCGCGUUGCUUGUUAUUAUGUGGAGUUGCUUUCUGAGUUUGACGUCGAUGUCUUGCCUUGUUUAUGUACUUAUCAGUAUGGGAGCUGCUGGGGUUGCUGUUCAGUAUUUGGGUUACACUCCUGGGCUUUUUAUUGUCGGGCUAUUUGCUAUUUUAGUAUUAUGGAUGUAUGCUAACUUUUGGAUAACGGGUACAUUGUUUAUAGUUGGAGGUACGUCAUGUUCCUUACUGACUAUUUUGAAAUUAGGCUAUUUGUUUUCUCUAAAUCACGCCCGGUUAGUAGUCUUAAUGGCAACUAUGUAUGCUAUAUAUUGCGUUAAAGUCCGAGUUGGAUGGCUAGGAGUUUCUCUCUCAAUACACCUUGCUUUUUUCUCAAAUGAUGUUCUCAAUUACCUGCUUCAAUGGUGUGAUAAUCUGAGUGAGACCACACAUUUUGAGGAGCAGAAGGUACCAGAGACAUUCACAGAAGAUAACUUCUCCGGAGAGGGCGAAUAUUCUGUUCCUAUUGAUGAAGCUGAAAAGUUGAACUCCUGUAAAUCUUCUUGCGAAACACCUCCUACUUCGUCUCUUGUCAACAAACAAAAAGAAUCUUCUGGUAAACAGGUGGUCAUAGAAGAUACAAGUUCAAUCAAUGAGAUGAAGCGGAUUUUAAGUAGUUUGAAUCACUAUGAUGCAUUGGGAUUUCCCAGGCACAAGAAAAUUGAUGCUGCGCUGUUGAAAAAGGAAUAUCGGAAAAAGGCAAUGCUUGUGCAUCCUGAUAAGAAUAUGGGAAGUCCACUGGCAAGUGACUCUUUCAAGAAACUGCAAUGUGCUUAUGAGGUUCUCUCAGAUUCUGUAAAGAAGAGAGACUAUGAUGACCAACUGAGGAAAGAAGAAUCUAAGAGUGUCUCCCACAAGUCACAUAAUACUCCACAUCAGGAUGUCCCCGAUUUCUGCUCUGAGGAGUCAAGGCGUAUCCAGUGCACAAAAUGUGGCAAUUCGCACAUUUGGGUCUGCACUAAUAGGACUAAAGCCAAGGCAAGAUGGUGUCAGGAUUGCUGUCAAUAUCAUCAAGCCAAGGAUGGUGAUGGGUGGGUUGAAUAUAAAGGAUCACUGGUCUUCAAUCGGCCUCAAAAGGUGGAAAUACCACGUGCUUUUGUUUGUGCUGAGAGCAAGAUCUUUGAUGUAUCAGAGUGGGCUAUUUGUCAGGGAAUGGCUUGUAGGCCGAAUACUCAUCGGCCCAGUUUCCAUGUAAACAUGGUUGGGCUGGAGAAAACUACUCAGAGAUCCAGCUCAAGCAGAUAUCCAUGGGAUUUAGAUGCCGAAAUGAUGGAUGUAGAAGAGGAAGAUUUUGAACUGUGGCUACAGCAAGCUCUGGCCUCUGGCUUCUUUGGAGAGACAUCAAAGCGCCGCCAGAGCUGGAGUCCCUUCAAGUUGCCUCAAAAGAAAGGAAAGAAACAAUGGCGAAGAACAUCCUCGUGAAGGCACGAGAGAUUUCGUAGGGAGAGAUCUGAUUCCCCCAACUCUUUGACAAAUUUAAUGGGGGAUAUAAGAUAUACAGUUACCACGGGAGAUUGACCGAAAGGUGCCUCUGAUAACCUCAUCAAAGAGAUGAGAAUGGAGAUGGUUGGGUUUGGGAUAGGCAUAAAUUGAAACCAACUACUUGAUCCAUGUGCCUGUAAAUAACAUUAAAUUUUCUCUCGUGGCAUUUCGACUUCUCUUGCAGAAUAGUUGUCUGUCCCCGAGAAGAUUUGUACUUGCUAGUCAGUGAAAGAUACGCUAUUCCAUUUCACUAGCUUCUGAUAUGAAGUUGUAAUUGUAAGAGAAAGGAAAAUGGAAAUUUGUACUCAUUUCACUAGCUUCUGCUAUGAAGUUGUAAUUGUAAGAGAAAGGAAAAUGGAAAUUUGUACUCGUUAUUUGUGUUAUAUAAAGGUUUAGGCAAGUUACGACGGUA